CCCACCUCGUCUCGCUCUCCGCGUCGGCGGCCACCACCGGCCCACCGCGCCUGCCUACUAAUGGCAGCACCUGGAUCUGGCCGCCCGGUCCCGCGCCCACGGAGAUGAAGCGCCGCCGCCUCCCGCCCGUCCUCUUCCUCCUCGCGCUCGCGCUCCUAUCCCUCGCCUUCCGCCGCCACCUCUCCCUCCCCCUAGGCGGCGCGUCCCGGUUCGCCGGCGGCGGCGGCGACGCGCUCCUCCGCCGUCUUGCGGCCACCGACGUCGGCGGGGACCAGAUCCUGGCCGAGGCGGCCGCGCUGCUGGCCAACGCGUCGGUGUCCACCUUCCCCAGCAUCGGCAACCACCACCGCCUCCUGUACCUGCGCGUCCCCUACCGCAGCAACGCCACCGCCGCGCCGCGGCAGCGGACCGUGUCCCGUCUCCGCGUCCCGUUCCACGGCGUCCCCAGCGACGACGCCCUCCUCGCCGCCUUCCGCGCCUCCCUCCGCGGCUUCCUCCUCGCGCGCCGCCGCCACCGACGCCGCGACGGCGACGUCGCGGGCGCCAUGGCCGACCUCCCCGCGCUCCUCCUCGGCCGAGGGGGCCGGCGGCGCCGGCGCGCCGCGACGUGCGCCGUGGUCGGGAACAGCGGCAUCCUCCUGGGGUCCCGCCGUGGCGCGCAGAUCGACGCGCACGACCUCGUCAUCCGCCUCAACAACGCCCGCGUGGCGGGCUUCGCGCGCGACGUCGGCGCCACGACGGGGCUCUCCUUCGUCAACUCCAACAUCCUCCACCACUGCGCCGUCCGCUCCGCCGUCACCACGCCCGGGUGCGGCUGCCACCCGUACGGCCGCGCGGUGCCGCUCGCCAUGUACGUGUGCCAGCCCGCGCACCUCCUCGACGCGCUCGUCUGCAACGCCACGGCCACGCCCGAGUCCCCGUUCCCGCUGCUCGUCACCGACGCGCGCCUCGACGCGCUGUGCGCGCGCAUCGCCAAGUACUACUCGCUCCGCCGCUUCGUGGCCGCCACGGGACAGCCGGCGAGUAACUGGACCCGGAGCCACGACGAGAGGUACUUCCACUACUCGUCGGGCCUGCAGGCCGUGGUCAUGGCGCUCGGGGCGUGCGAUGAGGUCAGCUUGUUCGGGUUCGGCAAGGCGCCCGGGGCCAAGCACCAUUACCACACCAACCAGAAGAAGGAGCUCGACUUGCACGACUAUGAGGCUGAGUACCAGUUCUACCGUGACCUUCAGGAACGGCCGGAGUCGGUGCCGUUCCUCGACGAGGCGCCGGGCUUCAAGGUGCCACCGGUGAAGCUCUACUGGUGACCACUGAGGAGGUCAGUAAUGUGUAGUAACUGUUGUUAGUGUAAUCUGUUUGUUGUUGUACAAUCUUUACAUUUUGACUUAGGGAGGUGUUUAGGCUGAGAGAAUUGUGUAGAAUAUGGCAAUUGGAAGGGAAUGUGAGAGGAGGUUGGGGAACAUAGAGGAGAAAAAUGGAGAUCAAUUUUGUAUUGAUCAAAUGGAUCAAAUUGGUUUGUAGUUCAUGUAUUCGGUGUAGGACAAUUGUACACUUCAUCAAUUUUAAUGAGUAUAGACUUCAACACAGUGAAAAUGUAAAUUAUGGGCAAUCGAAACAUAAUGAGCCUGCUGUUGCAAUAUGAGAUUUGGAAAUGUGUAA